CAUACACACACACAGGAGAACUAUCCCACUACCCCUGGUGGAGGUAGUCACUAUUGAAAGAGCCAGAAGUGGGUUUCAGAUUUAGGGUACAAGGUUCUGCAAGUCUACAACGUCAAUCAAAGCCGGCUUGACCAACCCCCUUUUCCCUUCGGGCCAGCAGGUUGUAAAGCCAUUAAAGAAAGCAUCAAGGAUUUUCUUCCCAAUAGACCUCUUAGUGCGAGCCUCCCUUUCAAGCUGUGGUUAAGGUUGGGGGGGCGAGGUCUCCUUGUUCCUAAAUGAACCAUGUACUGUUUUUGGAGCGCAAGAUUCGGUAUUAUUCUUAUUCACAGCGCUGUCUUCCUAUUCGGAACUUUUGGGAGAGCAUCCACCAGCAACAUUAAGGACAGUAGUGACGGGAGGGAGGAGGUCCAGCGGCAGAGCCGGCACAGCCAGAGGUACCAGAUCCGGGGACAGCAGCCCGACGAGGUGGCCCAGUGGUGGGGAGAGUGGAGCAGCUGGUCCACCUGCUCUAGGACCUGUGGAGGAGGGGUGCGCUCUCAGGAACGACACUGUCUGCAGCAGAGACUCACUGCCACACAGAACAUCAACAGCUCCUUCUGUGUCGGAUCUCCGAAGCAGUAUCAGCUAUGUCCAUUUCAGCCCUGUGUCAGUACCAGUGUUAGCUUCAAGCAGCAGCAGUGCUCCCAGUUCAACGCCAAAGCCUUCGGCAGGAGACACUACGAGUGGGUGCCCCUCUAUCCAGAUGACUACAUCAGUAUCUCCAACAAGCCGUGUGACCUACAGUGCACCAGCACCACAGGGGAGAGGCAGCUGCUGGUCCCGGCCCACGACGGAACCUACUGCCGGGACGGCAUCUACCAGGGCGUCUGCAUCGAGGGCCAGUGUCAGACGGUGGGUUGUGACGGGAAGCUUUACUCCAGUAAAACGGUAGAUACGUGUGGUGUGUGUGGCGGGAAUGGCAGCUCCUGCUACAGAGUGUCUGGAUCUCACCGGAAAGGGAGCACACAGUUAGGUUAUGUGUUUAUCACCAACAUUCCUGUUGGUGCCACCGACAUCCAGAUCAUUGAGAGACGGAAAACCGAAAAUAUACUGGCCCUAUCCGAUGAAGCAGGACACUUCUUUUUCAAUGGGAACACAAUUAUCGACAAUCCCCGUAACUUCCGUGUUGCUGGCACAGUCUUCAAGUACAGGAGACCCGCUAACCUCUUAUCAGAUGGAUUUGAGUACAUCAUCGCCCAAGGACCCACUGACCAGGGGCUAAACGUCAUGUACUACAACCUGAACGGAAAGAUGCCCCACAUCACAUACGAGUACACCGUACCUCGCACCCCAGAAGCCCGCACAACAACCCCAGUAGCCUCGCCUCCAGAGGAGGUCCAGAUACGAGCACUGUCCGUUGUCGAACCAGCGGUCCCAGAACCAUGGCCCCCGGUGGCCCAAGAAACAAUGGCCAACGUCACUGCCACUGAACUCUCCUUCAAUGACAAUGAGAUUGAGGCCAGCGAGGACUAUGGGAAGCUGGGAAACCACAGUGGUGUUCGGGUCCCGGACAACCCCCCGGAGGUUGACCAUGACCUGGAUCAUGACCAUGAAGGUCUUGUGUGGGAACUACAGGCUCCUCUCAACCUCAGUCAACCACCAGCCAUGCUGGUGUUCAGACCGGCCAGUGAGAUCCACCACAACAACCUGGAGAAUAAGCUAGGAGACCAGGGACACCCUGCACCUGCUAACUACAGGACAGACUCAAACUUGAUCGAUGGUGACUCUCCUGGUCCCAACGGCACCCACCGACCAUCCAAGCCCCUCCACAGGGGCCUGUUCCUGGACCUGGUCUCUGAGCCAGGAGGCCUCAGACAACCCUGCCAGGAUGGCUCCAACCUCUGCCCUCUCCUGGAACUCAACACCAGCUCCUCCCUGGACAACAGCCUGGCCCAGCUGGAGAUCUACCCAGGCAGCCUCAAACUCCACGAGGCCACAGCUGAGGACAACGCCCCCUAUGGACUCCUUUUCGAACCAGAGCCCAACGGGACAGAGAGUUCCAACCUCGUCAACCUCCACCAGGUAGAGCCGGUACAGGCCCCCGACACAGAGAGCAGCAAUGAGUUUGAGGUGGGAUUGCUUGACCGUGACAUCAGCCUUGCUGACAUGUACAGAUGGAAGGUAUCUGCGUAUGCACCCUGCAGUUCAACAUGUACCACAGGUAUCAGUACGUCCUACGCCCUGUGUGUCCGGUAUGACGGCUCUGAGGUGGACGAGACUUACUGUGACGCUGUGACCAGACCUGAACCCACACACGAGUUCUGCACCGGGAAGGAGUGUCCACCAAGGUGGGAGACCAGUCGGUGGAGUGAGUGUUCGAGGACGUGCGGCGAGGGUUACCAGUUCCGUACGGUGCGCUGCUGGAAGAUGAUGGCGCCAGGCUUCGACAGCUCCGUGUAUGACGAGCUGUGUGUGGCUGCAGAGCUGCAGAAACCAAUGGCACGCAAGGCCUGCAAGAGCAAAGGCUGUGGCCCACAAUGGGAAGUCUCUGACUGGUCUGAGUGUUCCGCUCGUUGUGGGGGACGUGGUUUGAGGAGUCGGGAGGUGCGCUGCUCCAUGGAGACGCGCCUGUGUAACGAAUCCUCGCGGCCACUCAGUGAGAAGGAGUGCGAGGGACCGCCCUGUGACCGCAGGUGGACCGUUUCGGACUGGGGCCCUUGUUCAGGGGCCUGUGGCGAGGGCAGGAUGACGCGCUACGUGGCGUGCAAGAACAGCAACGGCAACGUGAUCUCUGACGGCCAGUGCGACCUGGACCUCAAGCCCCUGGCCGUGUACCCCUGUGGGGACAAGAACUGCCCCGCGCACUGGGUAGAGCAGGAGUGGGAACAGUGUAACACCACCUGUGGGCGGGGGGUGAAAACGCGGCAGGUGGUGUGUUCCGGCCUGGAGGACGGCGUGUUCAAGGAGUUCCACGGGCAGACGUGUGACUCCGCCCUCAAACCCGAGGAGAGCUCCGCCUGCUUCGAGAGGCCCUGCUCCAAGUGGUUCACCACUUCCUGGUCUCAGUGCAGUAAGACAUGUGGCAGCGGGGUGCACGUUCGGGAGGUGAAGUGCUACCAGGGGGAGGAGCUAGGCCACAGCUGUGAUUCUGCCCUCAAACCUGAGGCCGGGCAGACGUGUGAGGUGCAGGCCUGUCCCACAGAGGCCCCAGUUGAAGAGGUGUGUCAGGACAAGGCUACGGCCAACUGUGCCCUGGUGCUGAAGGUGAAGCUGUGUACACACUGGUACUACAGGAAGGCCUGCUGCCAGUCCUGUAAGGGCAAGGCCCCGUAAGGGCCAGGGGCCCGCACUCACAAUGGCCCCCCACAGAAUGUGAAGACAGUCCCCAUACAGGACACCUUGCACUGUGCCCUGGACUCUUUUCCUUUAGAUUGUAGACUUGUCCUAUAGCCUGGUUCCAGAAGUUAUAUGGCUUGUAGCCAACUUGGACUUGUUUUCAUGCCAAAGCUACGGGUAACUGCCAAAAUAAUGGAAACGCCAACAUAAAGUGUCUUAAUAGGGCGUUGGGCCACCACGAGCUGCCAGAACAGCUUCAAUGCACCUUAGCAUAGAUUCUACAAGUGUCUG